AUGGCUGCCUUGACGUCACCAUUUGAUGGCAUCCGCGGCGUUCCAGUCUUGACCGGCACCAGAAUAACGCCUUCCAUGCCUUCUGAGCGGAACAAAGCUCAGUCAGUUGUACCCACACUCAGGGUCGUGAUACCAAUGCUGAAGGCUUCUCUGGACCCCUUGCCAACGUGCAUUGAGACGACCUGCUGUGCUAUCCAAAAUCUGUACCACAGACCUCCUGAUGGCCGCAUACCUCAAGCGAUAGCCCAGAGAUUUACUAUGACAUUGACUGUUUCUUCUGUCCAUCGCGUUGACACCUGCGGGAGACGUGGUCAACUGCUAGCCUCAGGCUUCGAGUUACGUGCACAAUCAAGAUCUGCUUGGAAGAAUCUUCGGGCUGAGGACAUUGGGAUCAAGACAAUCCUACUGCAGACCCACCGGUACAUCCGUAACCUUCCUAUCCUCGUCAGUUUACAAGGCCGCCAAAUUGAGCAUAUGGGAUUUUUCAUUCGCGAUGACGAAAAUCCCCCUUUCUGCUGCUGGAACAACAACAGCGUUCCCACUGACAGCGCGGAUCCCUGGAUUGCAAUGCGAAAUCUCCAAUCUAAUCUUUUCCCGUCAAGCCCGUCCAAUCCUCACGUCAGAGCUUCUCACGCCUGUCCCUAUGCCAAGCCUUCCUCCCUGCUGGCAGUCCCCGCCACAGAAACAUAG